CACUUUGUGAGAUCACUCCAGUUUGCUGUUUUUCCUUUUUCCAGCUCUGCGUGUGUGUGUGUAUCCCACUCGCUCACCCCGUCCGUGCCUACCCCCCCCCCCCCCACACACACACAUACAAGAUGAGCUUGCUAAUAUGAACGUGAAGACUUGCAAUACCAAAAUGCAUGUGGUUCUUCUGGAUUUUGCACUGGGAUCAAAAUCCUUGAAAAGCCUGCAGGCUGCUUAGCCGUCCAAGACUGGGGUUUUUAAAUCAAGCAAGAAAAAGAACAAGUUAUUCACUUGUGUGUGUGUGUGUGUGUGUGUGUGCGCGCUUUGGAUUUUACUGAAUAGGAGUCUCAGGGAUUCACUCACUUGGACUUCACUGAAUCAGGUUCCAUCUGCCAGCAAUGCUGGUUAGUCUGCGAUUUGGGAAGCUGGAGAUCAACCUAGGAUUUUGUCUGAUAUUAUCUCCUUUUGAAAAAGGAUGCGUGGCAUAGAAAGACGGUCUAAGUGCCUGUCUGAAAUUAUUGUACCGAACCAGGGAUAAAUGUUACUUCUCAAAGGUACUGCUGCGUGAUUUACCAUGGAAAAAUUGCUCUGCAGCAUCCUGGUGUUUGGAAUGGCAGUUGCGGUCAAUGCUUGUCCCAAAUACUGUGUGUGUCAGAACCUGUCGGAGUCACUGGGUACUCUGUGUCCCUCCAAGGGCCUCCUUUUUGUACCAUUAGACAUAGACCGAAGGACUGUUGAACUCCGACUUGGGGGUAACUUCAUUGUUAACAUCAACCGACAGGACUUUGCCAAUAUGUCUGGCCUUGUUGACCUCACUUUGUCCAGGAAUACCAUCAGUUACAUUCAGCCCUACUCCUUCGCUGAUCUAGAAAGCCUUCGGUCUUUGCAUUUGGACAGCAAUAGGCUGCCCAACAUUGGAGAGGAUAUUUUGAGAGGCUUAAUUAACCUUCAGCACUUGAUAAUAAAUAACAACCAGCUGAGCAGCAUCUCGGACGAAGCCUUUGAGGAUUUUCUGGUGACGUUGGAAGAUUUGGAUCUUUCCUACAAUAACCUCCAAGGCAUACCCUGGGAAUCUAUAAGGAAGAUGGUAAACCUGCACCAGAUUAGCUUGGAUCAUAACCUGAUAGAUUAUAUUACAGAGGGGACGUUUGCAGAUCUUCAGAAAUUGGCCAGAUUGGAUCUAACCUCUAACAGACUUCAAAAGCUCCCCCCAGAUCCCAUAUUUGCCAGGUCCCAAAUAUCUCCAUUAGAAGCAACUCCAUUUUCUCCACCUCUGUCUCUUAGCUUUGGAGGCAACCCCCUGCAUUGUAACUGUGAGCUGUUGUGGUUAAGGCGGCUUGACAGAGAUGAUGAUAUGGAAACUUGUGCUUCCCCUCCAAAUCUAAAGGGAAGAUACUUUUGGCAUGUACGGGAAGAGGAAUUUGUUUGUGAGCCACCUCUCAUUACCCAGCAUACUCACAAGUUACUGGUUUUAGAAGGGCAAACUGCCACAUUGAAGUGUAAAGCCAUUGGGGACCCAUCCCCAGUCAUUCACUGGGUGGCUCCAGAUGACCGACUCAUUGGGAAUUCUUCGAGGACAGCAGUCUACGAUAAUGGUACUUUAGAUAUCGUUAUCACUACAUCCAAGGAUUAUGGAACUUUCACGUGCAUCGCAGCCAAUGCUGCAGGAGAAUCAACCGCGACCAUUGAGCUCUCAAUUGUGCAGCUUCCACACCUCAGCAACAGUACAGGCCGAGCCGCCCCACCCAAAUCCAGGCUUUCUGACAUCACUAGCUCCAGCAAGUCCAAUCGAGGGGAGACGAAAGGUCCACCUGAAAGGGCUGUCCUGGUGUCAGAGGUGACAACUACCUCAGCUUUGGUCAAGUGGAUGGUGAGCAAGUCAGCCCCUAGGGUUAAAAUGUAUCAGCUGCAAUAUAACUGCUCGGAUGAUGAAGUUCUAAUUUACAGAGAAUCAGCAAAAGCUGGUACCAACUAAAGAGCAACCCAGAAUACCAUGGAUCUACUGUCGCAGCAAAGAUUGUGUUUUGUGUUUUAUGUUUUGUCUUGUGUUGUUUGUCUUGUUGCUAGCAUUGUUGUGUAUUGUGUUACAAAAACGGAAAUACUACAUUAUGCAGAAAAGGAUUAACAAGCAUUUUAAUUGUAUUUACAGAAACGCCAGUCUGAUAACAGGGAAACAUCCCUAGGCGGUAAAGGCACAUUUAAAAGCAAAAUAUGCAUGAGACACAAGGUGUAUCUGUUGGUGGGAAUAAAAGGAUGGACAUAAAAAGUUUUAAAGCACAAAGUGAAAUUACCAAGGGAAAAAAGGGUAUGUAAAACCACGGGUUACUAAAAGAAUAAGACUUGCCAAUUAUUACUUCCUAGUUAACUUCCAGCAUGGAAGCCCAGCUGAAUGCACCUGGGUGUUGUAUGGCAUUGGAUAUAAGGAAAGAAAGGCCCAGUGACGAUAUAGCUGCCCUAAUACUAUCUCAGUGUGAACUACUGAAGGCUAUUGGAUUUUGCCUGGCAGCCAGGAGGGUGGGUAGCCUAAAGAAAAGGCUCCCAAGAAAUGUAUUGAACUGGUCUGGAUGGGAACUGGAUUAGAAAUUGAAGUGCUGGAUGCUACUAACAUAGAGGUAUUGGCAGACAAAUGAAAUUAUGUUAUAAAUGAUUCUGUCAUAUUAUAGCAAUUAGGGGAUGUGAUUUCGAAUUGCAUGUACCCGAAUUUAAAUAUAGUCAGUUAAAGGUGUCUUAUACUUUGUAUUCUAUUGUAACACCUGUGCCCCUUGGAAUGGAUUCAAGUGCUUUACAAACAUUGCUUGUACACCCUGAUUUACAGAACCAGUUACAUAACUGCAAAACAUGCUGAUACAUGCAUCUUAGAAGAACAGGAUGUGCCUCAGGAAUGUUUAUUGGGGCCUCAAGGCUGCAAACUCUGGAAAAACCCACACCUGGUUAAUCGAUAAUCAGAAGGAACCUCUCGCUUGACCAUUGAAACUGCUUACUUAACAAGUUUGCUUUAAGGGACAUGUCAUUCUUUUACUAACGUAUAAAUAAGGGGGACAAAUUUGAGGUAGGGAGACUCUUCAGGACUGGACUCUCCCUCUGGAUGCAUCUUGUGUUCCCCACUAGCAGAUGGGCUGCCGCCGUGCCACUCAAGAGCCACACUCAGCUUUGGUAAUUAUCAAGGGUUGGGGAUGUUUUACUAACCUGUUGCAGACAUGUGUAUAAGUGCUUGAGACUAAGUAAAGUUUAGCUUUAAGUGAAAGCACUCUUGUAUUGUCCUGUUUGUGCCAGCCAUCUAUUGGCUGGACGGCCGUGUCUCCCCUGAUGUAUUUCCUGACACCACCUUGCACAGAGGAAAAGUUACCAAGAGCUUUGGGUUGAAAGAACUUCGGGUAACAAGUUCACAAAAACAUCUCCUCCACAAAGUCACCGAAUGGACAUGGAUGCCAAACCAUGAAAGAAAGUUCAAUGAUUUAAAGCACAUUCUGACAUCACCUCAAGUGCUGCACUUUUUUUAACCCAUUGAAAGUCAUCAAACUCUCCACAAACGCCUCGAAAGGAUGGCUCAGAGCUGUACUAUUACAGUGUCAUGGAACUGAUUGGCUGCCAGUCUUGCAUGCAUCCGGGGCUAUGACAGCUGCAGAGACGAUGUACACACAAAUUGAAAAAGAGACAAGGGGUCUGGCUUGCGGAUGUACAAGAUUUCACAAUUUUCUCUCUGGACAUAGCUUCAAAGCAGAAACUGAUCACAAACCACUGACUGAAAUACACAAAAUGGGAGGUGGAGUGACACAGUGACCACUACUGAUAAUGCAGACGUAAGAUGUGACCCUGGAGUUCCAAUGUGGAUGCCCCUUAGUAAUGGUAGACAAUCUCAAGAGCAUAUCCUCCAUCAGAUAAUACGCAGCCUGAUGAUCUGGAACAAGCAGUAAACAUACAUGUGAACAUAAUAAAAGUGCCAUGUGUGGUAUUUCUAUGCAUAUGGGAUGAAGUGGAGACAGAAACAGCUUAAGACGAAAUGCUGCAAGCUGUGGUACAAGUGCUAAGUAAAGGAGGGGAAAAUAGCGUUUCCCACCUGCCUAUUCCCACUAUUAAAAUAGCUUUCAUUGAUCUCAGGAGUGCUCUUGAAGGGGACACAGAUUGUGGUUCCCACGGUGACUGAAAGGGAAAUAAUGGAAUGCAUACACAAAAGGUUCCUAGGAAUGACCAAAUAAAAUAGGAGAGUUUGAGAAGUUGUGAUUUGACCAAAGAUAAAUAAUGACAUCAAAGAAAUGUCUAUGAGCAGGUGUGGAAUGUAUCAGAAGUAGAAAGAUUCCCAGCAGAAAGAACCUAUGCUAUGGCCCGAACAACUUGCCACUCCAUGGGACAAAGCUGGAACUAGCAUGCUCAACCUCAGAAGACAUGACCACCUGGUUAUAAUGGGCCUACUUUACCAGUUUCCCAGAAGUAGUUACCCUUCAAGAUACCACAGGAGCAACAGUUGUCAGGCACAUUAAAUCCAUAUGUGCACAUCAUGGAAUUCCAAGGACAGUAAUAAUUGGCAAGGGACCGCAGUUCAAGAAUAGGGAGUUCCCGGACUUUGCUAAAAUGUCUGACUUUCUUCAUGAGACAUUGAGUCCUAGGUAUCCUCUAGGUAAUGGAUUAGCUGAAUGUGGAGUAUGUAUAGAGAAGAACUUACUCAAAAAAGCAGUGGAUGCAAGAGAUGUUCUGUAUUUAGCACUAUUCAACUGUGGAAAGUCAUCUGGUGAACUCCUGUACAACACACAUAUAAAUACUCAAUUACCAGGUAUGGGACAAAAACAUAGGAUGACAAAGGAGUCUGUGAUAGUGAGGAAAACAAUGGGAACGCGAAGUCAUACAAAAUAUUAUAAUAAAGAACUAAGACCUCUGUCACUGUGGCUCAGUGGGUCACAGCUGAGAAUACCAGAUUCAGGACAAACUGCUGAGAAAUAGGGCAGACUCACCCCAAAGUGGUGGUUAUUCUAUCACUAAAUAUACCAGCCAGUAACUAAAGUAAACUUCUGUCUCACCACAUUGGUUAACAAGAAGUCAAAAAUGGCAUUCCAGCCCUUAUUUCGCCACCCGGACACUAGAUUUUAUGAUGAAUGGUUGUGGAAAACCACUUUAAUCAAACAAAGGGUUCUUCUGAUCUCAAGAGAUCAGCCACAUAGUCAGGUCAAUAUGUAACUCAGAUCUUACCCAAUAAUCACACUGCUGCUGAUCCUUUAGUAACUAAAAUAUAAAGGUUUAUUUAUAAGAGAAAAGAAGAGAGUUAGAAAUGGUUAAUAGAUCAUAUACACACAGUAAUGGCAAUGUUCUCGUAUCAGGUUUGUAGCAGUGAUGUUCUAGGCUGCUGGCUUGUAAAGUCUCUCUGGUAAUUUCCAAAACAUUGGAAAGACCGCGGUCCAUAGUUCAGAAUUCUCCUUUUAGUUGUAAAUCCAUAAUCCAGAGAACGAGAGCAGGAAAGAGGCAACAUGGAGAUGUUUCAGGGGUCUUUUAUAUCCUCUGCCAUGUGCUUGGAAUUUUACUGUCCCAAACAAAGCCUACAGCCCCUGUCUGUUGAAACUUACUGGCACAAGAUGGAGUCUAGGGUCACAUGAGCAUAUCACAUGUCCCUUACAUGGCUUGCUGACUCACAGAGGAUAGCCAUUGGACAUAUCUGUGCUCAGGCAUCCACAGGAAGACUUGCUGAGUAGGAUGAGUUUCUCCUGUGGCCCAUUGUGAGAGUUAAGUGUCCUUAAUGGGCAAUGAAGCUUGAAAAGUCCAUUCACUAUGUGUUAGCUAGGCUGGAUGUAAACUACCUUGUGGGCGUUAACCCAGGAACAAACACAAUGGUGAUACAGGUAUAUAGCCAAUAUUCGUAACUUCAGAUACAAAAAAUGAUACAUGCAUAUAAACAGGAUAAUCAUACUUAGCAAAUCAUAACUUUCCCAUUGACACCUUACAUGACAUACUUUGUACAAGAUCUGUUGCAAUUGUCGAACAGUGGCAAUAUCAUUUAUAUAAAUAGUCAUAUUUCAAUCAUACAGCAUCACAACCGCUUCCACAGUUAAAAAACAAAGACUUAGUGAGAAUGUGGCAAGAUGGAUGCUGGCCAGCCAAAGCUACAGUGAUCAAAGAGGAGUCACCUUGCACAUACCUUUUUGCUUUGUUUUCUCCAUCCAGUCCCUCUUGUAUUGGAUAAUUAUACUGGCUGUAGUUUAAUCAGCUAGUUAGGCCAGUUCUUGAGUAAAUCAAUUUAUUUAGUCAUUCUUAAGUGCUUUCUGUUGGGAUUUGCUCUUGGAGGUUUCUGCAUAUUCCAUUGUGUGGUGCUGGGAGAGUUCUUGGGUGCCCAGGACUGUGAAUUCCCUUGUCACCCCUUGCCUCUAGUGAGAGGUAGCCUUGCCAGUGGUUGCUGGGUGUUAGCUCCCGACCACUAUCAGCCUGUCAGCCACUUAAGCAUUCUCCUCCAGGCCAAGCCAGUCCUACCUUUGCCUUAUGGGUUAGCAACAGGUGCAUCCCAAUCCCUUUGAAAUGUUCCCCUGUGAUAUCCAGCCCCUGACACUGGCUACUCACAGAUCUGCUGCCCACAAAGGAGCAGUGUGCCCCAGCUUACUAGUUUUACAUUAAACCACUGCUCCUGUAUGACACGUAGCACAUAUGAGCCCUUAUAAUAAAACAAAAGUAGGUUUAUUUAAGAAAGAAUAGAGAUCAACUAGUAACAAGAGAGAGUGAUGGACACAAAUGAUUACAAUUUAAAACAAAAUCACAAAAAGCGAACGAAGGCCUACACAUAUUAAUAGUUACUUUUCCUAGCUAAUAAAGUAGAUUCCUCCCCCAAAAGUUCAGUCUACUGCAGAGCUGGCUGGCUUCCAAGGAACCAGGAUGCACGCUUUCAUGAAAACACCCCCGCUCCACAAGAUGUUUCCUCACUGAAUGGAUCCACUAUGCCUCUCCCCAUUCUGUGUUAUACUGAAAUAGUUUUUUGUCUCUAUUCAUAGACAGAGAGAUCCUCUGCCUAUUGUAAAAAGAAAAGGAG